AUGACUCUCGAGAGUCGGUUGCUUCACCUCCUAUUCACCUCCGCUAACAACACUCUAGGGUCUCCAUACAUUCACUCGAAGGAAAAGCCGUUCAAAUGCACCGAGUGCGGCAAGGGGUUCUGCCAGUCGCGCACGCUGGCCGUCCACAAGAUCCUGCACAUGGAGGAGUCGCCGCACAAGUGCCCGGUGUGUAACCGAAGCUUCAACCAGCGCUCGAACCUGAAGACGCACCUACUGACGCACACGGACCACAAGCCGUACGAGUGCAACGCGUGCGGCAAGGUCUUCCGGCGGAACUGCGACCUGCGGCGCCACGCCCUUACGCACACCGUCGGCGACGUGCCGGCCGACGGACUCGGCGUCGACGACGACGGGAACCAGCUGAGUGACGGUGACGAGGACGAGACGGUGCUGGAGGUGGACUCGCCGGUUCACUCGCCAGCCGGCCGCAAUCGGUCACCGUCGCCCCCGAUGGACAUGCCAGUGUCGGCCGAGUUGGACGAUGACGAUCGGCGAGAGGACGAACGCCGAGGUGGUGGGCCCGCGGUCGGCGAGGAUGACGACGACGAGGAGGACGAUUUGAUCAGUGUUGCGGGCCACGAGCCCGACCCGACGCCCGUCGUCCAGUGCCAUCACGAGCGGCCGAUGGGCUCCAAGAGUCCUUACACGAUGCGGCCUCAGUACGACCACGGCAGCCGCUCAUCGAUCUCGGCCCACCUCGCUGGCCCCAUGCACGGCGAACCCGAUCACGGACAUCCGGCGCCGGACGUGUUCGUUCCGAUGCUGCACGUCCGACGCGAUCUCCACCACAAGCUGGGCCUGAUUGGACGCGCCUCGGCCACGAUCACCAGCGGCGGCGGUCUGAUGGAUCACCCGGCGGUGGGCGGGGGGUUCUUGGGACACAUCCCGCUCCGCAAGCGCGCCAUGGGUCCCGACGGUGAACCCCACCCGAUAAUGGCCGCCCGUGGGCUGCUGGCGACGCAGCCGCUCCAUCUGCAGCACCCCGGUGGCCGUGGCCAUCCGAAGAGCCACGGGCACCACCCGGAGGGUCCACCGGACUCGCCGCUCCGUGAAGCCAUCCCGGUGAUGUCACCCGGUUCGUUGCCGUCCUCAUCGCCCAUCCUGCUGUCACCGCACCUCCCGACGGGACUGGCGCUUCCCCCUCCGCCACCACCACCACCGGCACCGUCAGCACCGGCGCCGUCUUCAGCAACCGGUCCGGACCGGUCGAUGGCCGUCCCGAUGAAUCUGGCCAGUUUGCCGGUCGUCACAUCGAACGGAAGCAGCUCCACACCGCCCGCUCACCAUCCUCCCGCGGUCCCUUCCACCUCGAAAGUGGCCACCACCACCCUCGGGAGUCCAGCGUCCACCUCCGGGAGCUCCCUGUCUUCGGUUGUCCCGGUGGCCGUACCGGGGCAACCGGUGCCACCGCCAGUUGUGGCACCACGGAAAACCGGUUUCAGCAUAGAGGACAUCAUGCGACGCUAG